UAAAUAAUAAUAGCUAUGUAGAAAUAGAAAUUGGGAGUUAGAAGUAUCACAGGAGUUCUUACGAACCUCUUGUGGAAAAACGGGAGGGCGGGCGUGUGAAUGCCUGCGGCGCUUCUUCUCCAAUCGCUUUUAAUUUAUUCUCUCUUCUCUUUUGGUUUCUCGAGGGCGACGCAACGUUUUCACCGGCCUCGUACAUCCUUACCGCUCCAGUGCUCCACUAUCUCAGUCUGCUCGUUAUUUUCUACUCUCCAAAAUAUUGCAGAAUCUCCCUUGCUUGCUCGUUAUAUCCUUUAUCUGAAGAAGUGCGGCGCUUUUCCCUCUCUGGAAACCGUUGCAAAGCCUGAAUAGAGAGAUCGGGGUUGUCGAAUUUAAGCAUCGGAAGGCAUGAUUUUUUCACUCUUGCAGUCUUGCUUCAUAGGUAAAGGUUGAUUCGUAGUAUGGCAAGUGGCCCAACCAUUUGUCAGAUUACACCAUCAGCGCGAUUAAGUGGGAUUAAGUUUGAAUUAAUGACUGGAGAAGAGAUGGAGCUGUUUAGCAGUGUUAGUAUUCUAGAAGUCAAUGAUUUGGUGGAUGCUAAAUUGGGUUUACCAAGCACAAGUUCUCAAUGCUCAGCAUGUGGGUCAACAAAUGUCAAAGAUUGCGAUGGACAUUUUGGAGUUAUCAAGCUCCCUAUUUCUGUUUAUCAUCCCUACUUUCUUCCAGAAAUUGUUCAUAUUCUUAAUCAAAUAUGUCCUGGAUGCAAAUCCUUUCGGCAUGAGUCACGAAUUAAGAGACGACUCAUUCAUUCGGUUCGGAAGAAAUUACUGAGAUAUAUUAGGUUGAGGCUAUCACGUUUGACUAGAAAGGUUCUAUCUGGUGACUUGAAGGAUGAUAUUUCAUACUUAAAGAUCAGAAAGCAUAUAUACAAGGAAGUGGGAGCAAUUGGAAAAAACUCGGGUUGCAAAUAUUGUGCUAGCAGUUCGUUUGAGUGGUAUCCUACUUUGAAGUUUAAGAUAUCCAACAGAGAUGUUCAAGGGAGGAAAGGCCUUUCAAUUUUGGCAGAAGUUAAUGAAAAGUUGCCAAAAAAGUUUCAGAACAGAAGCUUUGGUGAAUUAUUGCCAAAAGACUACUGGAAUUUUGUUCCCAAUUACCAUAAACAGCAGGGAUUAAAUUCUAACAGCAUAUUUCUUUCACCUUGGCAGGUAUUUUGUUUACUGAAACAACUUGAUCUAGAUUUCAUCAAUCAGUUUGUUUCUAGGAGGGAAUUGCUAUUUCUAUCUUGUCUACCAGUUACUCCUAAUUCCCAUAGAAUAGUGGAAACAACACAUGCUUUUUCAGAUGGAUCAAGGAUUAGUUUUGAUGAACGAACAAAGAUUUAUAAAAGAAUGGUUGAUUUGGGCAAAAAACUUGAUGGUGUUCUGCAGCAUCCUCAGCUUAGAGCUUUAACGUCCUCCUUCAUAACUGACCGAGUUCGAGAAUGCUUUGUGUCAUCCAAGUUGAGAUCCCAUAAAUUAUUAUCUGGAGAUUCUUCUUCCAAUAUAUCUGGAAUGAAGUGGCUUAAGGAAGUUGUUCUCAGCAAGAGAACAGAUCAUGCAUUCCGAAUGACAAUGGUUGGUGAUCCAAAGGUGAGGUUAGAUGAAGUUGGAAUUCCAUACGACAUUGCUAGAAGUCUUUUUGUUACCGAGUAUGUCAGCAAAUUUAAUUUGGAAACGCUGAGAGCUAGCCAGGGAAUUCAUCUGUGGAGAGAUCAGAAGUUAAUCUUUAAUCAUAAAUCAGAUCUUCAUAUUGGUGAUAGAAUUGAAAGACCAUUAGCAGAUGGUGAUAUUGUCCUAGUAAACCGGCCUCCAUCCGUCCAUCAACAUUCUUUGAUUGCACUAUCGGCCAAAAUUCUUCCAAUUGAUUCGGUUGUUUCAAUAAAUCCAUUAUGUUGCUCUCCUUUGCUUGGAGAUUUUGAUGGAGACUGUCUGCAUGGCUAUGUUCCACAGUCUAUCCAUUGCAGAGUAGAGCUUCAGGAGCUUGUCAGUUUGGAUUGUCAACUAUUGAAUGGACUAGAUGGUCGAAACCUCUUAUCUUUGACUCAUGAUAGCUUGACUGCAGCAUAUUUGUUAACUGCAAAAGAGGCUUUCCUGAACAAGUUUGAGAUUCAGCAAUUAGAAAUGUUUUGCCAUCACCAAUCACCAGUGCCUGCAAUCAUCACUGGUCCGAAUCUUGAGAGUCCUCUUUGGACUGGACAGCAGUUACUAAGCAUGCUUUUUCCUCCUUUGGUGGAUCUUUAUGAAGCCUCUAGGACUCUUCAUCAUUUUAAGGGUGAACUUCUGUUCGAUCCACAGUUCUUGAGUUGGUUGCAGAAUAAACCUAACAGUAUUUUUUAUUGGAUGUCCACAAAUUACGGAGAAAAAGCACUUGACUAUCUCUUUUCUGCUCAGGAAGUUCUCUGUGAGUAUUUAACAAUGAGAGGCUUAACUGUGUCUUUGGGUGAUGUUUAUCUCACUUCAGAUUCUUAUACUAGAACUAAGAUGACUGAUGAGGUGAACUUUGGUUUGCAAGAAGCAGCAGAUGCAUGUAGGGCCACAGAGCGUUUGUUGAACAAGUUUGAUAGUUCAGUAAAUGCUAUUGAUGAUGCAGCAGGCUUAUCCCUUCCCCUGAGACUCCAGAAGUUGACAUGUUCUAUAACACGCAUAAUUCAGGAAUCUAUAACUGCAUUUAAAAACAUAUUUUCUGAUAUUCAAUAUGCUAUACUUAGUUAUAUAGGGAGUAACAACUCAAUGCUGGCGAUGAUAAAUGCAGGAAGCAAGGGUAGUCUGUUGAAGUUAGUUCAACAAGGUGCAUGCCUGGGCAUGCAAUUUUCAGCCAAUGAAAUACCAUUUAACAUACCAAGUGUUCUUUCAUGUGAACAAUGGAACCAACAGAAGAAAUUUCAUCAGAACCGAGUCCUUGAUGAUGCCAAUGGUGAAGAUGUUCAGAAACACUUUGCUGUAAUUAAAGCUUCUUUGCUUGAUGGUCUGAACCCAUUAGAAUGUUUCUUCCAUUCUUUAUCUGGUCGUGCAAAUCUCUUCAGUGAAAAUGCUCAACUUCCUGGAACUUUGAGUAGAAAGCUUAUGUUUUACAUGCGGGACUUAUACGUUGCUUAUGAUGGAAGUGUAAGGAAUGUUUAUGGAGAGGAAAUUGUUCAGUUUUGCUAUAAUUUUCCUGAAAAGGGCAAGUUUUGCAGAGUUUCUUCUGAAAAAGAAGCUUCAACAAGCAUUCCAGGUGGUCAGCCUGUUGGUUCAUGGGCUUCUUGUUCCCUAACAGAAACUGCAUAUGGAGCUUUGGAAUGCCCAGUGAAUCCACUUUGCCCAUCCCCAUUACUGAAUUUGAAGGCUCUACUUGAAACCAGUACUGGUACAACAUCAGGUGUUCAUACUGCAUCACUCUUUCUCUCAAAUAAACUAAGAAGGUUAAGAUAUGGCUUUGAGCAUGGAGCAUUGGAAGUGAAGAGUCAGCUUGAGAUGAUUCUUUUUGCUGAGAUCGUCACUACCAUAAAGAUUUUUUAUGUGAGGAAGGAGGCACAUCGCAUAGGCUUGAGCCCCUGGGUCAUCCAUUUCUAUAUAGACAAAGAAAGAAUGUCAAGUACAAGAUUAGAUAUGCAUGCUGUCAAGGAUCAACUGCUUAGAAGUUAUGAACAGAGAGCCGCACUUGAUGAUUCACUCCCUAAACUAUUUUUAGAGAGCAAGUAUUAUUUGCCAGAUGAUAAACAUGAGAAACCAGGUGCCAUGAAUUGCAUUACAGUGGCUGUUGAAUUUACUGACUCACAUAUAUUGUUGGAUAUAUUAAGAGACUUGGUGAUACCAUGUCUUCUGAAGUCACUAAUCAAAGGAUUCUCUGAGAUCAGAAAGGUUGAUAUUUUGUGGGAUGAUGCCCAGAAAAACUCCAACGGUGAACUUUUUCUAAAAGUUACUAUGUCAGAAAAUUGUUCCCUGGGGAAGUUUUGGAGCUCUAUUCAAAAUGCCUGUCUCCCUAUAAUGGACUUGAUUGAUUGGAACCGUAGUCACCCAAAUGACAUAUGCAAUAUUUCUAGCAUGUUUGGGAUUAGUGCUUCAUGGUUAUUUUUUUUAAGAUCGUUGAAAUCAACCGCACUUGAUGUUGGAAGGAGUGUACGUCAAGAACACUUGAACAUUGUUGCAGACCGUCUUUUUAUCAGCGGGGAGUUUCAUGGAUUGAACAAAAAAGGAUUAAAGGUGCAAAGGGACUAUACUACUACUUCCUCUCCUUUCACUUUCGCUUGCUUCUCUAAUCCAGCGAGUUGCUUCAUCGAUGCUGCCAAGCAAGAUUAUGAAGAUAGUCUCCGUGGUACUAUUGGUGCUAUUUCGUGGGGAAAAGAGUCUCCAACUGGGACAGGUGGACCAUUUAAAAUCAUAUACUCUGGAAAGGUGUGCAAUCCUAAGGAAGGUGAGAGUAUAUAUUCGAUGCUUCAAUGCCAAGAUAUCAUCCGCAAAAAGAUGGGAAAACCACUCCAUGUGGGUGAUAUUUGUAGUUCUAAAAAUUGGGACCAAAACUGUUGCACACAAUAUGAAGGACAUACAGAUUUUGCAUUCCAAAGAAAGUUCCUCGCCCACCGGAAUGGUUCAUAUACUCAUAUUAUUAAUAUGGAGUCUACAUUGCGUGCAAUAUUGCUCAAAUAUCCAAUUAACAGAUAUGUUACCGCGGCUGACAGAGAAAUUCUCAUGAAGGCUUUAGCUCGCCAUCCUAGUAGUGAUGCUAAGAUUGGAACUGGAGUUCAAGAUAUUAAGGUUGGAUAUAGCUCUGAACAUAAGGGAUCGAAGUGUUUCAUCUUGGUGAGAAAGGAUGGAACUACUGAGGAUUUUUCAUAUCACAAGUGCGUCGCUGGUGCUGCAGCUCAGGUCUCCCCUGAAUGUGCAGCAAUAUUUGAAAAAAAGCACCAACGACGAUUUCCAAGGAACAAACCCAUACCAGGAUGAACAGGGCCUUAAUAACUUUCAAGAUCUUUACCAACUAAGGAUUUGUUUGGGGCAGCUUCUUACUGCUUUCUAAAACAACUUUCUAGUAUGAAAAUUUCUUGAACUAAAAAAUUUUGUACUAAAAAAUUAUUUUAGAAAACAGAAAGAAAGCUGUCUCAAACAAAACUUAAAAUUAGAUGACAUAAAAAGUCAUGGGUUUUUUUUUUUCUGUUUUAUUGUUUCAUUUUUGCCUCACUAAUUCUUGUGUAGUGCGAAAUGCACCAAUUUUGCCAAUUGACAGAAAGGAUGUCUGCCACAUUUUUGCUGUAAUAAAUUUUGCUAAUCUAAUGGUGUAAACGAGUUAAAUUAUUUAUAAAUAAAGAAUUUUCUAUUCAUCAUA